AUGAAGAAUCUUUGUGCUUUCACUAUUUCCUUUUUGCUCCUGAAGUUUUCUCUCAUUUUGUGCUGUUUGAUUGAACCAUUUUGCUUUUGGAGGAUAAGGAAUACUGAAGAUAAUUAUGGAGAUUUGAGAAGUGACUGUGGUUUUUUCCUUUUUACAGUAGAGGGACCUGUUGAAGACUAUUUUUAUAAUGAUGAUUUAGAUUUUAGAAUACCAGCAGCACGAUAUGAAUUUUUUCUGGUAAUGCUUUUUGCGACUGAUGAGAUCAACGAGAAUCCUUAUCUUUUACCCAAUAUGUCUUUCAUGUUCUCCAUUGUUCUUGAGCUCUGUCAAGAUACAUUGGGAGUUCUGGAUAGAGCACAUUCACAACAAAACAAACGUGUGAAUUUUAUUAAUUAUAUCUGUAGAAUAUAUCAAAUUUGUUAUGUACACCUUACAGGCCCAUCAUGGAAAACAUCCUUAAAACUGGCAAUUCAUUCUAAGACACCAAAGGUUUUCUUUGGUCCAUUUAAUCCUAACCUAAGUGAUCAUGACCAGUUGCCCUAUGUCCAUCAGGUAGCCAGCAAGGACACACAUUUGUCCCAUGGCAUGGUUUCCUUGCUGCUUCAUUUUAGAUGGACCUGGAUAGGCAUGGUCAUCUCAGAUGAUGACAAGGGCAUUCAGUUUCUCUCAGAUUUAAGAGAAGAAAUGCAAAGGCAUGGGAUCUGCUUAGCUUUUGUGAAUGUGAUCCCAGAAACCAUGCAGACAUACAUGACUAAGGCUAUGAUAUAUGAUAAACAAAUUAUGGCAUCUUCAGCAAAGGUUGUUAUCAUUUAUGGUGAAAUGAAUUCUACUUUAGAAGUCAGCUUUAGACGGUGGAAAUAUUUUGGUUCUCAGAGAAUCUGGAUCACAACCUCUCAAUUGGAUGUUACCACAAAUAAAAAGGAAUUCAGGCUUGAUUUCUUUCAUGGGACUGUCACUUUUGCACACCACAGAGGCAAGCUUGCUAAAUUUAGGAAUUUUAUGCAAACAAUGAACUAUGACAAAUACCCAGUAAACAUUUCUGACUCUAUGCUGGGGUGGAAUUAUUUUAAUUGUUCAGUCUCUAAAAACAGCAAUAAAAGAGAUGAUUUUGUAUUGAAUAACACAUUGGAAUGGACAGCACUGCACAAAUAUGACAUGGCCCUGAAUGAAGAAGGUUAUAAUUUAUAUAAUGCUGUGUAUGCUGUGGCCCACACCUACCAUGAACUACUUCUUCAACAAGUAGAGUCUCAGAAAACAACAGGUGUCAAAGGAGAAUUCACUGACUGCCAGCAGGUGUCUUCCUUGCUGAAAACCAGGGUAUUUAUUAAUCCUGUUGGAGAACUGGUGAGCAUGAACCAUAGAGAAAAUCAGUGUGCAGGGUAUGACAUUUUCAUCAUUUGGAAUUUUCCACAAGGCCAUGGAUUAAAAGUGAAAAUAGGAAGCUAUUUUCCUUGUUUUUCACGGAACCAACUUUAUAUAUCUGAAGAUUUGGAGUGGGCGAUGGGAGGAACAUCAGUUCCCUCCUCCAUGUGUAGUGCGCCAUGUACUGCUGGAUUCAGGAAAAUUCAUCAGGAAGAAACAGUAGAAUGCUGCUUUGAUUGUGUUCAGUGCCAAGAAAAUGAGGUUUCCAAUGAAACAGCAGGUAUGGAACAAUGUGUGAGAUGUCCAGAUGAUAAGUAUGCCAACUUAGAGCAAACGCACUGCCUCCAAAGAGCUGUGUCAUUUCUGGCUUAUGAAGAUCCAUUGGGGCUUGCUCUAGGCUUCAUGGCCCUGUCCUUCUCAGCCAUCACAAUUCUAGUACUGUCCACUUUUGUGAAAUACAGGGAUGCUCCUAUUGUGAAGGCCAAUAACUGCAUUCUCAGCUACAUCCUGCUCUUCUCUCUAGUGUUCUGUUUUCUCUGCUCAUUGCUCUUCAUAGGACAUCCCAACCAGUCUACCUGCAUCCUGCAGCAGAUCACAUUUGGAGUAUUUUUCACAGUGGCUGUUUCUACAGUGUUGGCCAAAACAAUAACUGUUGUCAUGGCUUUCAAGCUCACUACUCCAGGGAGAAGAAUGAGAGGGAUGCUGACAUCAGGAGCACCUAACUUGGUCAUUCCCAUCUGUACCCUGAUCCAACUUGUUCUCUGUGGCAUUUGGUUGGUAACAUCUCCUCCCUUUAUUGACAGAGAUACACAAUCUGAACAUGGGAAGAUUGUCAUUAUUUGCAAAAAAGGCUCAGUCAUUGCCUUCCAUGUUGUCAUGGGAUAUUUGGGUUCCUUGGCUCUCGGGAGCUUCACUGUGGCUUUCCUGGCUAGGAACCUUCCUGAUAGAUUCAAUGAAGCCAAGUUCCUAACUUUCAGCAUGCUGGUGUUCUGCAGUGUCUGGGUCACCUUUCUCCCUGUGUACCAUAGCUCCAGGGGAAAGAUCAUGGUGGUUGUGGAGGUCUUCUCCAUCUUGGAUUCUAGUGCAGGGUUGCUAGGGUGUAUCUUUGUCCCAAAGUGUUAUGUUAUUUUAGUUAGGCCACAUUCAAAUUUUUUACAGAGGUACAAAGAUAAAUUGGCUCAUUGA